AUCAAAAAUCACACUUUGUCAUGUCAUUAACUAAUCACACAUAUAUAUGUCAUUAACCAAUCAGAUUUGAGUAAUAGUUUGUUUGUAUGCGUAGAAUUAUCAGAUGACCUUGAUUUUGUGUGUAGUUAUGCAUUAGGUUUGCCAUUUUCUUUUGCGUACAUAUUUGGUGCUAUGAUUAAUACUAUUACUACUACGACAUAAGAAAAUAGUAAUGAGGCGGAGAAGAAACAGGGGGUAUGUAUGUCGAGUUUGUGAGAGAUACACAGAAUCAAUGACUGUGCCAAAUCAAAUAAAAUCACAAUGAUGAUGACGAUGACUGCAUUUUGUAGUUGUAGUGGAUUAUCAUAACUUCUCCAAUUGUUUCGCAAUAUUCUGUCUUAAUGUUGUAUGAUUUCUGCCAUAAAAGCAACAUUGAAUCAAGACUUUAAUAUUGAUUGGGAAUAUUAUAACAGAUAUGACAGUUGAAAAUCUUAAAAAACUUUUACAAAGUUAUGAUUUUGAAGAUUCUGGUGAUUUAAAUAAAACUGAAUGGAUAAAGCUAUGCUCACAUUCAACAAUCGAUUUAUCUAGUGAGUUAUCAUUAACUCUAUUCAAUGAACUUGAUAGAGAUAAAGAUGGAUUAGUUAAAAUUUCGGAUAUAUUACAAGAAUUACGUAUAUGGGAGGCGUCGAAUCAACAACUUGAAAAUGUUGGUCAUGAGAAAUCUAUUACUGACUUUAGAGAAGAAGGAAUUUCAGAAGAUGGAUUUAAUGCAACUAUCAGGACAAGUGAUAAUCAACAACAAACAACAGUUGUGUCAACAUCACAAAGUAGACAAAAAACAGUUAUCUUGGAAAGAAGAAAACAAAGAUGUUCACUGGUUCCGUCUGAAUUGAAUAUACCAAGUGAUGGAAAUGACCAAUGGUUGCCUAAAACAGAAAUUAAUCCAGACGGAUCUGAAGUUUUCACUACAACACCUAUCAUGAGAACGCCAAGAUACAGUAGUGUUUGUGAAUUGGAAAAUGUCAUUACACAAAAUUAUCCAGAGUUAAUGAGUCCAUUUAAAAUUGUUCUACAAGAUUUUCGUAAAGAACUUUUACACAUAAAAAGGGAAAAAUCGAGAUUAGAAGAAACAUACAUGAAGGAGAAAGCUGCACGUAAAAGUGAUUUGGAUAGAUUGGAAGGUGAACUGGAAUCACAGAUUAAAUCAAUUGAAGAACGCGCUAAAUAUGAAGUGCAUGAAAAAUUACAAAAUGAGUACAAAACAUUGGUCUGCAAUAAAGAGCAAGAAAUCACUGAAAUUCGAGAACAAGUUGAAAAUCUAAGACGCAAAAUCAGUCAUGGUGCUUCUACUCGCUGUGAUUCAAUGAAUAGUCCAAUCACUUUGAAAAAGUUUACAGAAAUAGUUGAUACAUCAAAUUGUUACUUCAAUGAGACGCAGUCGCCUACAAUUACAUCGAAUUAUUCUUGGGAAAAAGAAGAAGCUGAACAAAAAUCGUAUAAAAAAGAAUUGGAGAAUGUUUUGACUACGCUAAUUCAACGAGAAGCUGAGCUGAAAGCAUUAAAAGAUCAGCUGGCAAAACAAGAAGCACAAUUAACAAUAGAUAAACGUGAACUAAUUAGUCAAGAGGAAGAGAAACAGAAUCUUUAUUCUCAGCUGAAUGUUAUGCGAACAACAAUGGAACGGUUAAAUCAAACCAACGACUAUUUGUGUACAGCUUUACAUCAAGGAUCACUUCUUCGACAAAGCAGAAAUUCACCAUCUAGUAUCUUCUCAGAAUUUUUGGAACAAAGUGAUAAUAAUGAAAGUUUUCCAACUGGAAGUCGGAUAUCUCCUGUCAUCACAUUUCCCCUUGAGCAGUACGAAUUCGACAGUUUAGAAGAUGUCCUACCAGCCCAACAACAGCAACAGCAUCAACAACACCAACAUCAACACCAACAACAAAAUCAUCCACGGCAUGAUUCAACAUGUCGACGAUCAGAUUAUUCAAGUGAAAAUGUCAGUAGUAUCAGUGCUUUUAAUUAUGACAAGAAUGAAUUCCCUACUCCAGAGAGUAAUAACAUUGAAAAUGUAGAAGAUGGCAAUGAAGUAGACGAACAACAGAAACAAUUGUCUCUAUCACUUACACCAACACGUAUCUUCAAAGUGAUAAUGGUAGGCGAUUCAGGUGUUGGUAAAUCCAGUUUCUCUUAUCGAUUCUGUGAUGGUGUAUUCUAUCCACAUUUAAGAGCUACUCUGGGAGUUGAUUUCCGUACAAAAAACAUUCGAAUGAAUAAUUCAGUUUAUACUAUUCAAUUGUGGGAUACUGCAGGACAAGAAACAUAUCGUUGUAUCAUCCGUUCAUAUUUCCGAAAAAUUGAUGGUGUAAUUUUAAUGUACGCUGUAGAUCAACCUGAAACAUUUGCAAAUGUUAAAUACUGGAUGGAAACCAUCAGAGAAUGUGUGAGUGAUGUUCAAGUCCCAAUUCUUCUUGUUGGAAAUAAAAUUGACUUACGCAAUACGAAAAGUAAAGAUGAUGUUCAGCAAGAAAAUAAUAAUAAACCUCGUAAUUAUAUCUCAUACGAAACCGGCAAACACCUAGCCAGUCUACAUCAAGUUUUAUUUAUUGAGACUAGUGUGCUAAGCAAACACAACGUCACUGAGGCUAUUGAAUUAUUGACACAAGAAAUGAAACUAAUCGAAGAUAAACAAGUUGCCGGUGUCACAAUAAUCCCUUCAAUGAAAGAUUUCAAUUCUGGUGUUAGAAAGAACAAAACAAAUAAACAACUAUCCUGUUGUAUAUAGUUGAUGAGUACGCAUCCGCAUCCGCACACACACACACACACACACCCAUACACACAUACACACACAGAGUAAUACAAACACUAGCACAUACAACAUAUAUCUGUCCACAUGUAGUACAUUUAAUCAUGUGUAUUUCCUUUGUAAAACAAUACAUCACAGUGUCAAUUAUGAUCAGUGGGCUAUACGAGGGGAGCUUGUGGGUGGGGGGGUGGGGUUUAGGCAAAAUAUGCGUGACAUUCAUCAUCAUUCAUAUUCAAUAAACAAUCAACAAUGAAGGUAACACUGAUAAUAUUAGAAAAUAUUUAAAGGUGAAAAAACAUUUCACUCAACAAAAACUGUUGCUUUUAUUUCAAUUUGCUUAUCAUUGUUUAAUAAGUGAAAUGAUUGAUGUGGAUAGAGAGAUAGAUACAUAGAUAGAUAGAUCGAGGUGCUAGCUAGGUAAGGAAGGUCCAAGCAUGCCUAUCUCAUUUAUCGUCUAUCUAUCUACCUAUCUAUCUAUCUAUCUGUCAUUUACCCACCCAUCUACACAAAAAUACAAAAAACAAAAAAAAAUAGAAACAAAUCAACAAAGUCAAAUGACAUUCAUCAAAACAGUUUCUUCCCCGGUUUCUCAACAAACCUCUAACACACACACACACACACAAAACCAACAACAAACAAAUAAAUAAAUAAGCAAUAUAAAACUUACAGAAUAAUUUCAUCCUUUUUUAUUUACCUCAUAUUCAUCUUGUUAUUGUGUUUUGAUCACGUAUAUUUUCCUGGUUAACUCCACAUUUUUCGCUUUUUUUAUUCUGCUUCUUCUUUUUAUGAUCUCUAUAUCGGAUAUGAUAUGCACCAUAACAAUAAGCCUGACAACAGAACUACUACUACUAUCUCACACACUAGUUGACAGUUCAUCUAAUUAUUCAUAUGUGUGUCUGCGUGUGUGUGCGUGUGUGUGUGUGAGUGAGUGUGCCUUUUCAACUGUCUAAUUUUCCACUUUUCAGUUAUUCUGUUUGUUUGUUUGUUUGUUUGUUUGUUUGUUUGUUUGUUUCCCAUCCCCCCUCUCGCUCUCUCUCUUCACUGGUUAUCAGUUUUCCAACAGCAGAAUUAUUUUUGUCAUAUCAUCUAUUUUUUUCUCUACUAAUUACUUGCCUUCGUGUUGAAUUUCAUCGUCAUCAUGGUGAUAAUAAUAAUAAUAAUAACACUAAAAAAAUGCAUUACAUAGCU